AUGGCAUUGGAAAAGGCGGAAAUAAUUGGUGUUUCAAUAGCCUUACCGAAAAAUCACGCCUCAAUUGGAGAAUAUUUUGAAGCAGCCCAAAAGGCUGGCAAAACUAAACAUGGUUAUAUAAUGCAGCUAUUUGGAGAGAUAAUUUUAAAAACAGACGUUUUCAAACGUUAUGGUGUUGAAGAGGUUUUGUAUUUAUAUAUUGCUUCGGUGGCGCCCAAUCAACGUGGUAGAAAUAUUGGAGCCCUUAUGCUGGGGGAAUUGAUGCAAUUGGCGAAAGAGAAGAAUUAUAAGGUUCUGACGGCGGACUGCAGCAGUUAUUAUUGUGCUAAAGUUUGUGAACGUAUGGGCAUGGAAUGUCUUAGCACGGUGGCAUUUGCGGAUUAUUUGAAUGAGGAGGGUGAAGUCAUAUUUAAACCGCCAGCACCACAUGUUGCUAUGAAAACAUAUGCGAAACGAGUGUAA